CAGAAAUAGACUAUAUAAACAAAUGAAUUAUACUGCACAAAACUAUUUUCAGUUUCAUCUCCUGUGAUCUUAGUAACAUUUUGGAGAUGGGAAACAUCUUGCAAUAUUUCCUAAGUGAACCACCAGAACUUGAGGACACUUUAAUAAGUUACGCCUGGAACUCACUGCGAUUAAAAAGUGUCGACACUCUUAUCAUAAAUAAGGUAACCUUAUGGACGAGAAUAUUUGGAUAUACAGAGGAGAAUGGAAUGGAAGUUUACAAAGAAUAUACUCCUUUAGUUAUAGCCUGCAUGUAUAGGGAAUUAAAACUAGCCACUGAACUUAUAAAACUUGGCGCAGACGUAAACUUACAAGUUCGUCCUAGGGAUAUGCAAUUUCCGUCCGAAGAGGGUGUCCCACCGUUGUAUUUUGCAACAAAUGUUGGAGAUGCAGAGAUAGUUAAAUUAUUGUUGAAAUCAGGAGAGGAAAAGUCUUCAAACCCAUACACGAAACAUCGAGUAUUUCACCUGGUCUAAAUUUCAAAUGUGACAGUGCAAUCCUAC